UCAUCCAGCGGACGUACUAUGCAGACUGGACGACGGAUGUUCCUGGCAGUGUUGGUGUUGGUCAUAGUCACUCGUGUUAACUGUGAAUUUGAUGAUGACACGUUACAGAAAUUACGUAAUAUACUUAGGAAAGAAUCUCGGGCAUUUCUUGACGAAACUGCCAAAGUAAAUCAAAUGAGAGAAUUUAACAACUUGAGAAAAGUUACAGCAGUGUCUUCUACGCCUCCGUCUGAGUCUUCAGAUUCUAUUAAGACAAACAGGACAGACAAGUGGUCCAGGUGGAAGAGGUCAGGUUGUCCUGGAGGUGUUGGAAACUUUGGCUUCAACUCCUUCAACCUCCUGACAUUCUCCCUUCAGGCAUUUAAUGGUGUCAUCAACACAAUCAACAACCUCAAUAAUAACAAUAACAAUAAUAACAUCAACUCUGGAAACAACGCAAACAGUAACUUCAAUGAACAAAAUUCAAAUGUGAAUUCCAUGUCUAUGUUGGUUGUCAUAGUUCCACCUCCAAGAAGAAGAAAGCGGGAACUAUGGGAGAAGGAAAAUGGACAUUGUGAACAAGAUAUGAGUGAACAGGAAAUACAAACUGUGAUACAAGACACAUAUUCGACAAUAUCUGACAUCAUCAAAAUGUCACAACAUAAUCCUAACUGUGGUAAAUAUAUUUUGUGUCUCAAUAUACAAAACAGCUAUGCUCGCUACGGCCUGCAAGUGCUGAGUGAAAUGUCUCGCCAGAAGAAACUGUGGAAUGACAUUAUAGAACCCAUGUUAACGGCUGGUCACUGUUCAUCCUUGUUCCCAGAAUGCUUUUGGGCGUAAUAUAGUAAAACCAUAUUUAAAUCCACACAAGAAUUUAAUUAAAAGUCAAUAACCUAAUCAAGCCUAAAUUGGUAGUACAGCUGACCAAUCCUCAUCAAAUCUAUCCAAAUAAAUCAAGCUUAACUCAUUAUAAACUCCACUCUCUAAUAAACACUGACAUGAAUUGCGAUUUGGCGUUUUAUUUUUCUAUUGUAUAUGCUCCAAAAAACAUCUAUAUAAUUUUAUGUUAGACAAUAUGACACAAUGUAUGAAGGAUGUUCACAACCAUAUCGAGACAACAGGAGUCGCAGUGUUUCUUAAAUUCAUCGGAACCCUCCGUAAAGAUGCUUUUUGCAGCGAGUCCGUACAGCUGUACAUGUGGCUCUAAUUGUUGGGUAAUUGUUUAGUUCAGGCUGUUAUAUCAGUUCACCUGAAGAUCAUUCCCCUAGAUUAUUUCACCUUAAGAUUAACCAUCCUCGUAAUUUAACCUAACCUUACUUACCACGUAACG